GCCUGCAGGAUUUUUUCGCUCCCAUCUCGCUCGGCAUCGCGUGCUUUUGAAGGGCGCGGGGAGGCGACACAGCCGUAACCUUGCCAGACCGUGUUCGUGUGAGAAAAAAGGAUUGCAUCGCUCUUCUUUCUUUUCUGCGCCGAAAACCGUCCAGGGACCGAAGAACGGCCGGAUAAUGCAGCUCAGGUGGGCCCUGGUGGCGAUGGCUGCCGCGCUGCUGUCGGCGCCAGGCAUGGCUGAAGACCUGGCACGUGUGCAACGCCAGUCAAGGCCACCGCAAGACCCUUCGCACGACCCCAACUACAGCGUGUUCGUGCGGGCGCUGCCGCCUAACGCGAACCCUCCUGCGGGGCCCCAGCCACCCAACAGCCCGAUCCGGUUCGCGAACGACUUCGCCCAACCCGCGCAGCAGUCGCCGCCGCCGCCGCCUCAGUUCUCGGUGCGCAAUCAACCCCAGCAUCAAUUCCAGCAGCAGCCACCGCAGCAACAACCGCAGCAACAACCGCAGCAGCCGCAGCCUCAGCAGCAGCUGCAAUUCCAGUUCAACCGCCAGCAGCAGCAGCAGCAGCCGUCCCCGCAACAGCUUUUGCUUCAGCAGCAGCAAUACCAGCAACAGCAGCAGCAACAGCAGCAACAGCAGUUUAGGCAGUUCCAGCAGCAGAACCCGCAGCCUCAGCCGCAACUAUCAAUUCAACAGUCGCAGCAACCGUUUCAGCAGCAACAGGUGUUCAACAAUCAACAACAGCAUCGCCAGCAGCAGCAGCAGCAGCAGCAGCCGCAGCAGCAUUUUAUCAAUCCGCAGCAGCAACAACAGCAGUUUCCUCAGCAGCAUCAGCAACAGGUUCCUCAGCAGCGCCAGCAGUUUAGCUUUUCCGACGGAAAUCAGCAGCCCAACGUAGCCUUCGCGUUCCCGCAACAAGCGGCCGUUACGCCAUCGACCACACCGCAGCCACCUCCGGCGUUUCAGUCGUUUCCGAGACACUCGUUCUCAGUGUCAUCAUCUUCGUCAUCCGAGGAUGCCCUGAGACAAGGUAAGAUCGUCGGUUCUAUUCAGCCACCAGCUCAGGUAAUCCAGAAGUCGCCGGCCUCCGAAAUCGAAUCGAGCAAGCAGGCUGAGGCCAAAGACAAGGCUGCCAAAGGCAAAGACAAGGACAAAGAUGAGUACGUGGUCUACUACUACUACUACUACGAUGAUGACAACAAGAAGAACAAUCUGUCUCUCAAUUUUGACGACGUUCCCAGCCUGGAAGGUUUCGACAAGACCGAUGGCUCCAAGCUGAAGGGUAAGGGUUCCAGUCAAAGGCUGGCUUCGCCUAACCCGCAGAAUAGGUUUGAACCCAAGACAGUUACGACGAGCCCUCCGUCAGGACAGCAACCAGCGCCGCCUCCUGCUUUUCCUCUCGAGCAAGGUGUCACGUCCGCUCCCCAGACUGUCACCCAAGUCUCGGUAUCAGUGUCUGUCUCCGAAGGAACGCGCGCCUUGCUUCCAAGUCAACCGUUUGAGGCCAAGCGUCCGCCACUUGCGGGCCCACCGAGCUUAGAAUUCACAGGAGCGAAGUUAGUCCCGGAUCCCGGAGUUCCACUUGGUCCUGCACCUGACGUGCGUGGACUUGUCACACCCCAGGGUUCGUCUGUGUCUACGGUGUCACCGCCAACGGACACUCACGUAGCUAACGAGAUCAGUGGCAGGAAAGGAGCCGACCUCUUGACUACGUCUGCCGAGACUACUACUCCGACAACGACCACCACGACAACGGAGGCACCAACAACGCUGGCCCCAACGACAACCACCACUGAAGAACCAACGACCACGACUGAGAAGACGAAGAGGCCUUUCGGCAACAGGAGGCGGUUCGGAGGAGGUCCGCACAUUAGAGGGUCCGGUGCUCGCAAGUCUCACAGCACCUCCUCCACGACGACGACGCCAGCUACAUCAUCCACGCGAAGACUGCUGGGAGGACUUCGGCGCAACCGCCCGACUCCACGAUCACCGUCUAGCAGGCUCCAGUUCGGCCGGCGACCUUCGCCGCUCCACUCGAGGCACCAGAAGGAGGAAGAGCCCGAGGAAGAGGAGGGCACGUCGCCGCCAGCGGACGCAGAGCCAACGACGACCACCGCUGCCUCUGCAAGCAACGGUAAGAAGCGCUUCGGCGGUAGCAGCCGCUUCGGUGGAAAGUCUGCGAGGACGAGGGGAUCUAGCACGGCGGCGUCUUCAACAACGGCAGCACCGAAAAGGCCGGGAGCUCGGCCCAGCUCGGGAGCCCUGUUCGGACGCACCAACCGCGGUCCCAGGCCCCGCGCGCCGUUCACCCGCCACCGCCCUGGUCACAAAAAGGUCGACGAGGAAGAGAAGCCAGAAGAGAACGAGGAGUCUUCGCCAGUGACCACGCCGGAGAACAAGGAAGAGGCUUCGGCGGCAUCGACAGAGACGGCCUCCAAGCACGAAGAAGCGGCGGCAGCUGCGUCCGAGUCGGAGGCCACGUCGGAAGACAGCCACGCCACGGAGGCGCCCGCCGUCACUCCGGAGAGCAAGCCGGCACACGGCCGGAAUCGCUUCGGGUCCAGACCCCGACCCCCGCUCUUCGGAGGCCGGCCGCGACCAACCUUGGGACGAUGAGUGGUGAACCGUGGAAUGCGCACGUGAGAUCACGAGAACACAUGUCGUGAGACUCUCUCCUCCAUUCACGCGCAGUGGCCGUGUCAAUGGUGCGAUGCUGCGAUUACACAGAACGCGGUCGAUGAGCUCACACCAAGUCGCCAGCAAGCUAGUGUUGUACUACUUUUUUUUUUCUUCUAACGUCGCCCCUUUCACAAGGCCGCAGUUCAGCAGCACCUGUCAGUGCUACGAAUCGCGAUCACUGAUCGGGCAAUGCGUGAAAGUAAUACUUCUGUCUUUUCGUCCCAGUCCAUCCGUAAAACUAGAUCCUGACUUCCCGUUAUCAGAGGAGCAAUCGGUGGAGUACGUCGGAAUAAGUCCAUGGAGGAGGUCAAACACAAACGUAAAAAGAGUACGUGGAGGCACAAGGAAGGCCAACAAUUUGUUGCAUAAACGAAAAGCACUGAACUGUUAACUGCCGAGGGUGUUCGUCACGGGGAAGUAACAAAAAUAUUACGCAAGUUUCCUGAACCCUCUCAGUAAGAUGGACUUACUAAGGACGUCGCUUCAGAACGUAUGUAUCACGACUUGCACCACCGGAAAAUGAUGGCAGCGAAAAGGAGAUGCUACUGAUUACAUUUAAAAAAAUACAGCUUUCAAAUAGCACGAAAGUGAACAUUCCUUUUCAACCUAAAAAUAUUCGAGACAGAGAGAGGCAAUUUAGAAGGCCCCGCUUUAAUGUUUCUCACCGUCGCGCUGCCCGAAUCUAUUCUCAUCCUAAAGUUUCUCGGAGUAAUGUGCAAUGUUUCAAAAAUGUUUCAAAAGCGGCAAGGUAAGGUACUAAGCUGCGGAGCACUCGAAAGUGCACUGUACCCUGUAAAUAUUACUGCAUACUGUGCGCUGCUCUGCACGUAUGUCACAUUGGCCGCGAUGCAUGUGAUGCAAGUGGCUCUCAGCGCAGUGGCCUACAAACGACAAUUUAAAGCGUUGUCCGUUCGUUUCAGUGCCAUGUUGAGACACACUUUCAUUAGGUACCCGUGACGACGGUUUCACUGCAACGGUGACGACGCCGCCGGUUUCUGGUAGAAGCUUUACUGGUUUCUACCAGCGAAAAAUCGCGUCGCGUCAAACGUAUGCGCUGACGUCAACGGAAGAAAGCGGCCAACAUUCUACGUAUGACUGUACGAGUGCUUUGGUUGUUGUAUGUUAUUUUUUUUUUUUCGCAAGAGGAUUUCAUAAAGUGUUAUUUUGCUUA